GGCGGCGGGGGAGCGGUCGCCGCGCCGCUUCUUGCGACUUUUCUUUUGUUGUUUCCGCGACCCGGGUCUGUUUUCUCGGCCGUUGUGGAAGGUGUUUUCCUGCUGCACCGGCUCUGUGCCCUGCACCUCCUUCCCGGUGGUUUCACCCUUCCUCUUUCCCUGAGUGCUUUAUGCACGGCGAACUGCGCGAAGAUUUGCAUUCCCCCCCACUCAAACCUCACACACACCCGGGGCACCCUGCCCCCACCUCCGAGAAACAAAACCCCAAACCUCACAGAACCUCCGUGUGGGUCCGCGGUAGCGAGACUUGGACGGGUUGGUCUGUGGAGUGGAUGACUCCGGGCCAUUGCGGUGCUUGGGGCUCCAGUGAGUGACUGUCACCCCCACCACCACCCCACUGGGUAAACGGGGUGAUUAAUGUCGGAUAUAUUGGAAUGGGGCGAGGGCAUCUGCGGAGAAGAGGGCGUGUGUGUGGCAGGGAAGUAAUGUAUCUGCAUAGUGUGCCUCCAGAACGAGUUCAGAAUUAUGUCAUUCACCGCGAAGUUAGAGAAAGUUAGGUUUGUGAGUCGUGAGCGAGGGCAGGACAGAGUUGGGGUUUUGUUCUCCAGCUCCUUGCCUCGGUUUUCUAAAGCGAGCCUAAGUGGUUGUCGCCCGGGUUGGGACGUUUGCGGUUCAGGCCCCAAUUUCUGUUUUUUUUUUUUUUUUAACUCCUCGACCUCCCAAGUCUGUGGAGAUGUGUCCUGACAUUCAUAGAUGUCGUAGCACAUUGCAGGGAUCGGUCGGCCCAGCCCCGUUUACAUUAACAUUUCAUCAGCCAUUAGAAAAGACCCACAAACUCCAGGACAAGAAAGUUCCCAGAGUCUACACUUGGCUUCCCACCCCUCCGGGUGAUUACAGCCCCUUCCCCCAAAGUGAUAGAGACCAAGGACAAGACAAAGUGACGCCUUUUCUGAGCAGAAAAUGAGAAGUGGUCACACAGUCAUCCUAAGAGACUGUAGCAGGUUGUUUCGGUUUAUUAAUUUGCCUUAUUGGACUGAAAUACUUUCCAGGAUUUCAAAAAGUGCAGUUUCAGUUUGUUGAUGCUGAGGAUGGAAAUUUGCAUUCACGGUGGCAGUGUGAAUUAUUUUCCUGGGAGGUAGUUGCUGAUAAGUUGCUAAGUAAGAGUGAAAUAAUAAGGUGAGCCACGCUGAAGUAAUAGUUUUUAAUAAGUCUGCCAACAUUUUGGAGAUGUCUACCAUUUAUCUCAGCAGGGGGAAAAACAUGCUGUAAUAACGUUGAAAUGGGACUGGGAUGUCAAAUGGGUUGGUUUAAAAAUACCCCUAAGCUGCCUUUGAAACUAGACGUUGGAGUUGAAUAAAAGUGAAUGUGGGUUUCCUGAAUAGCACCGAGCUUGAGUGUGCUGUCAUAUGUAAGCCAGUCCACCAACUCGAGGCAGAAGUGUUGCGAUUCCAUAAAUACAGUAGGACUCCAUAUGCUGAGUUUUUCAAUUUCUUCUGUUCGAAAGUUUGGGGGGGAAAAGGAAGACUUUGAAGUAUUUUGUUUAUACUAACAGAAGAGAAAAGUUCUCCUAAGAAAAAGCUGGUGGCAGGAGUGUAGAGGAGUAGCAUAUGGCAUUAAAGGAGCACAGCUGGAGGUAGCAUUUCCAUCUGAACAUGAUGUCAGAGCAGCUGACAGCCUGCCAUCCCUCAGCCUUUUAUUCUAACACACAGACAGGGAGUUAGUGUGUGCGGAUCUGUGCUGGGGAAGGUAUCUCAUUCCUCUCCAACAUCAUCUCCACUUUGCAUCUGUCUCUCUUAGUCUGCUUUUUUUCCACCGAUGUAACAGACCUGGAGCCAGCAAGACUCCGAGGGAAGGACUUAAUCAAGUUUAUGUGUCCUAAAGGUAUCCGAGGUUAGGAUGAAAGUUCCACUGUCUUAGCAUCGUGUGGACAAGGAGGGAAGCCAAUUCUGAAUAUUGACUCCAUCUCCACCCUCAGAUGCACUUGCUGAGGUGAAUGACUGGGAGCCUUCCUUCUGUUCACUGGAUGGGGAAGUGGGCUCUCUUUAUCCUCAGCCACUACAGUUGAAUUUUGACCAGAUCUUUGCCUUCCCUCAUUCACCACCCUCCCUUGCCAGAAAACAAGGCAAAGAUGCAUAACUGAAAGAACAGAGCUACUGGGAAAGCAAAAUAUAUCAAGUUAUUAUUGAAACAAAGUAUUUUCUGUUGGUGAGGUAAGGCAGAGCCAGGGGUGGAAAAAGUGUUUUUUUCUAGAAAGGCUUUUAAAAAAUACUAAAUAUUGAACCUAUGAAGUUUUUGUACCUCAUUUUAUAGUGGGAAAAGUUUAAUUUUAAUAUGGAGUUUGUUUUGCCGUGUAGAAGAUCAAAAUUUCGAUGAGAAUUUUCAAAGUUAACAGCCUCUCUAGUUGCUAAUAAUAUUGUUCUACAAAGAAACAGCCCCCCCCAUUCAUUUUAAAAAUGUUUGGAUUUGUUCAUAGUAAAGAUGAUCUUUCCCAUCUGUCGGUGCAGUUCCGACUGAUCUCCUGCGUGUGCAGUACCUGCAAAUCUUACGGCACCAACAUCUGUUCUUAUACACAGGGCUUUUGUUGUUGUAACACUCUGACUUUAAAAGUAAGUUGUUUGCUGAUUUCUGGACUAAUUAUGCAAUUUCAUUUUUCCCCCUCAAUUCAGCCAAAUGUGUAUGUGUGUUCAGUCUAUGCUUUCUAAGUCGUCAGGUAUGAAAAGUGAUAAAAUACAAAGAAUGAUUGGGCAAGUUUUCCUGACUCUUACAGAAUUUGUGUGGAACUUUGCUUUGUUAGUAUCCGUUCUUUUCCUGUGAAGGCAAAACUGUCUUGUAGGUUUUGUGGGAUGUCAUUUAUGAGUAGUUGGUUAAAUUUCUUUUGGAAGUGGUCUGAAUUCUUGUUCUCAGUAGUAGGCUAUAGCUAAAGGAAGUCUUUAAACUUGACCAGGAGUUCUGAGAAGGACGAGGGAGUCCUUGGCAAGUACAUUUAGGUCGCCUGUGUGACUUGGGAGUCCUUUGGGGUGUGAGCCUGAUUUAAAAUUCAUAGACGUGAAACUCUCCACUACUAAGGUGGAUUUUUUUAGAGUGGGGUCUAGAGGCUAAACUCCUAAGCAGGCUCUAACGAGAACCUCCUUUUUCCCCAGGUUAUGAAGACAGUAUGGAGUUUCCAGACCACAGCAGACAUUUGCUGCAGUGUCUGAGCGAGCAGAGACAUCAGGGCUUUCUUUGUGACUGCACCGUUCUGGUGGGAGAUGCCCAGUUCCGGGCGCACCGAGCUGUACUGGCUUCAUGCAGCAUGUAUUUCCACCUCUUUUACAAGGACCAGCUGGACAAAAGAGACAUUGUUCAUCUGAACAGCGACAUUGUGACAGCCCCCGCUUUCGCUCUCCUGCUUGAAUUCAUGUAUGAAGGGAAACUCCAGUUCAAAGACUUGCCCAUUGAGGACGUGCUAGCAGCUGCCAGUUAUCUCCACAUGUAUGACAUUGUCAAAGUCUGCAAAAAGAAGCUGAAAGAGAAAGCCACCACAGAGGCAGACAGCACCAAAAAAGAAGAAGACGCUUCAAGUUGUUCAGACAAAGUCGAGAGCCUCUCAGACGGCAGCAGCCACAUGGCAGGUGACCUGCCCAGUGAUGAAGAUGAAGGUGAAGAUGAGAAAUUGAACAUUCUACCCAGCAAAAGGGACUUGGCAGCUGAGCCUGGGAACAUGUGGAUGCGAUUGCCCUCAGACUCAGCAGGCAUCCCCCAGGCUGGCGGAGAGGCCGAGCCACACGCCACAGCAGCUGGAAAAACAGUAGCCAGCCCCUGCAGCUCAACAGAGUCUUUGUCCCAGAGGUCUGUCACCUCCGUGAGGGAUUCGGCAGAUGUUGACUGUGUGCUGGACCUGUCUGUCAAGUCCAGCCUUUCAGGAGUUGAAAAUCUGAACAGCUCUUAUUUCUCUUCACAGGACGUGCUGAGAAGCAACCUGGUGCAGGUGAAGGUGGAGAAAGAGGCGUCCUGUGAUGACAGUGAUGUUGGCACUAAUGACUAUGACAUGGAACAUAGCACUGUGAAAGAGAGUGUGAGCACUAACAGGGUACAGUAUGAGCCAGCCCACCUGGCUCCGCUGAGGGAGGAUUCGGUCUUGAGGGAGCUGGAUCGGGAGGACAAAGCCAGCGACGAUGAGAUGAUGACCCCAGAGAGCGAGCGGGUCCAGGUGGAAGGGGGCAUGGAGAGCAGUCUGCUUCCCUAUGUCUCCAAUAUCCUGAGCCCCGCGGGCCAGAUCUUCAUGUGCCCCCUGUGCAACAAAGUCUUCCCCAGCCCCCACAUCCUGCAGAUCCACCUGAGCACGCACUUCCGCGAGCAGGAUGGCAUCCGCAGCAAGCCUGCCGCCGAUGUCAAUGUGCCCACGUGCUCCCUGUGUGGGAAGACUUUCUCCUGCAUGUACACCCUCAAGCGCCAUGAGAGGACUCACUCGGGGGAGAAGCCCUACACGUGCACCCAGUGCGGCAAGAGUUUCCAGUACUCGCACAACCUGAGCCGCCACGCCGUGGUGCACACCCGCGAGAAGCCCCACGCCUGCAAGUGGUGUGAGCGCAGGUUCACGCAGUCGGGAGACCUGUACAGACACAUCCGCAAGUUCCACUGUGAGUUGGUGAACUCCUUGUCGGUCAAAAGUGAACCACUGAGCUUGCCCACUGUCAGAGACUGGACCUUAGAAGAUAGCUCUCAAGAACUUUGGAAAUAAUUUUAUAUAUAUAUAUAAAUAAUAUAUAUAUAUACAUAUAUAUACAUAGAUCUCUAUAUAGUUGUGGUACGGUCUAAAAGCAGUCUUGUUUCCUGGAACUGAAAAGUUGGGAUCUUAACUUGUUUUUGCACUUUAGAAUAAUAGCAUGAGAAUCUCACUAAUUUAGCAUUCUGAUAAAAGAAACUUUAGAGCAAGUCGGAAGUAGAGAGGUGUCUUUUCUUUGAGGGGUGGGCCAAGUCAGCCAAUAAAUCCUCCUCAACAAAUGGUUCUGUCUCAAAAUGCUUUCAUAUGGCUUAAUUUUGUAAACACUGCAUUGUCUUGAGCGCUUUUCUUGUGCCCUACAUUGUUUUGUUUUGUUUUCAAAGUAGAAAUUCCCUCCAGUUUUAUUAGCCUCUUUAUAUGUCUCAAAUUGCAUGAAUAUUUUCUGGCUGUUGGAAACCUGAAUGCUUUUAGACCCAAAUGGAAAAUUUCUGAAAUGCUGGAUUAUCUAUUUUUAAACAAGCAGUUGACUUAAAACUUUCUGUGGCAACUUCUGGUUUUCUGACAGUUCCCAGUGAGAGAUUCUGACAGUACACUGGGUCGCUGGGACUGUCUCUGUGAAGGUUUGCUUGAGACGAAAAAGGAUAUUGCAGCUUCAGCAGUGUUGAACUGUGUGUUUAAAAUGUGAAUUACUGUUCUUGUAUACUGUAAUUGAUUACACGGGCUGGGGGGGUGUCAGAGAACUUGACAGGUUGUGUUGAUGCUCUUAGUUGAGUCUUGAAAAGUAAAUAUUAACGCUACAGAAAUGCAUGAGUUUCAAUAUAUUUUUUGUCUUUGUUUGCAUUGUAUAACUUCAACGAGUGAGUUUAAAAUUAUUUAAUUUCCUUAGAAAAAUAGCACCAUUUUGGGAAAAAACUGGUGUUACGAAGAACGUAAAUGCACUGUUUUUAUUUUUAUUUUAUAUAAUUUAAAUUGACUUUUCCCACUGUCUUUAAGUUGAAACUGUUAAGCUGAAUAAAAACUUAAGCUGCAAAUUGAUAACUUCGCUACAUUACAAGGAACAUAUAAAUGUUUACAAACGGCUUAAAGAUUUGCAUGUGCAGUGUGCAUUUAUAACACACUUGGAAUUGCACAGAACCCAUGCCAGCUCAGAGUUUAGGUGUGCACAUGUACCCAGCUGAGCGUUUUUAGAAUAACUACUGCACAAAUUGACAAUAGGUCAUAGGUCAUUCUCUCUCUCUCCUCUCUUGGCUUCCCUUUUCUUUUUUUCCCCUAUUUCCUUUCCUUCCCCCUACCCCCUUACUCAUGAAAAGAUUCUAUGGACUGAAAAAGCCCCAGGCUGAAAGGACUGAACUGCCUUGAUUGACGUGGGGAAGGGGGUCAGUAGAGUAUGUGUAUUGGCAGCAGAGGCUGCAGCCCACCGUGUGGUUUUACUGACCAGCACGCAGGGGAGAAGCAUUUUGCACAGUGUUUGUUUUCCUGUCUUGCACUUACAAAUAAGGUCUAUGGGAGUAGCAUGGAAAAUGUUGUUUUUCCCUUUUUCUUUUUUAAUUGCUUUUGUUUAAAAUUUGAUCGCCUUAACUACUGUAAACAUAGCCUAUUUUUGUGCUUAAGAUACUGAAUGGAAAACUCCAUUGUGUGUUGCUGGACUGUUUUGGAAAUAUUUGGUCAAAUGUAUGUUAAUUUGGCUGUAAUGGCAUUUAAAGCAAACAAACAAACAAAAAAAGCUGUGAAAAUGGCCUUGGAGCAUUAUAUUUAGUUACUUGAAGAGUUUCUAGGUUUUUUUUUUAAUACAGUUUAUGUUAAAAUAAUCUUUAUUAAUUUAGAGAAGACAAUCAGUGUCUGUGAGAGAACGGACUUUUUUGGAAUUUUUUUGUGGUCAUUGUGAGUGAUUGCUUUUUCUUUUUCUUAGUUUCAUAUUCUUCCUUUGUUCUAAAUCUUAGGCUGACAUCUAGCUUUGACAAUCAUAGUUGUUUUAUUUCCUGAGGGGGAAUAACUUAUAAUGCUGUUUAGUUUUGUACUAUUGGUGUGUUGGUGAAUUUUUAAACUGUGUGCUAACUGCAAUAAAUUAUAUGAACUGAGAA